UUAUUUCUUGCCUGUGCUGUGCAUUCAGUAAUCCCAAUCUUACGCUUGUUUACUUGAUCUUAAUGCUGCGUUCGACACCAUAGAUCACCAUAGGCCAAAAAUCUAUACACAAAAGCUGUUAGAAUACAAUCUGCAUUUAGAAGGAUGUACACUUGCAUCAUCCACUGCAAUCAAAAACCUGGGUGUUAUAUUAGACAGCAACCUGUCAUUUGAAAAUCAUAUUUCCCAGGUAACAAAAACAGCGUUCUUCCACCUUAGAAAUAUUGCCAAGCUACAUAACAUGUUCUCUGUUUCUGAUGCAGAAAAACUAGUUCAUAUGUUCACUGGAUUAUUGUAAUGCACUGCUAGGUGGUUGUCCUGCAUCCUCAAUAAAUAAGCAAGAGUUAGUCCAAAAUGCAGCUGCUAGAGUGCUUACCAGAUCAUCUCUACACUGAUUACCUGUUAAGUUCCAUAUCGAUUAUAAAAUACUGCUACUGGCCUAUAAAUCCCUAAAUGGCCAAGAUCCUUUGUAUUUAACCAAUCUUCUAUCACGUUACAAUCCUUCACGCUCUUUAAGGUCACAAACCUCUGGACUUUUGAUAAUACCGAGGAUAUCAAAGUCUAUUAAAGGAGGUAGAGCUUUUUCACACUUGGCUCAUAAAGUCUGGAAUAGCCUUCAUGAUAAUGUUCGGGGAUCAUACACACUCUCUCAGUUUAAAUCCAGAUUAAAAACACAUUUCUUUAGCCUAGCAUUCCCAUAACACAUCUCAUAACCUUGAACUCCAGUUAUCGCUGAUCAAAUGAUGACAAAUGCACAUGGUCAUCUCUGCCUGAAAUGCAAUGAAUAGCAGCUACGCUAAUCCUUCUUCAUUUGUUUCCUGUUCCUACCUUGGGAUGCCCAUCCUGAGGUAAUCAGUGAUUACUGGGGACACACUUGGAAUCCGUGAAGAUGGCAUUGGACUGCAAUUGAUGCGGGCAGAUUUGGUGCGGCGUCUUGGGACUGCAGUUGAGGUGAUGGUUUUGGACUAUAUUUGCACAGACAGACUUUGCGCUCAGGUCUCCAUCGGUGGACAGUUCCUGACUUCAGCGGAACAGACUUCAUGUUAAGACUGUGGUGAAUUUCCUGAUUACAUAGUUGCACUCUUUGUUUUAUCGUUUAGCACACAGUUAUAAGGAAUUAUUUUUAAUUGUUCUAUCUGGUGUCACCCAGCUGAGGAUGGGUUCCCUUUUGAGUCUAGUUCCUCUCAAGGUUUCUUCUUUAUAUCAUCUCAGGGAGUUUUUCCUUGCCACCGUCACCUCUGGCUUGCUCAUUAGGGACAAAUUUAUCAAUGUAAAAUUUAGAUCUGAAAUUGAUAUAUUUCUGUAAAGUUCUGUAAAUUUAUAUAUUUCUGUAAAGCUGCUUUGUGACCAUGUCCAUUGUGAAAAGCACUAUACAAAUAAAACUGAAUUGUAUUGAAUUGAAUUACGUCCCCCUGACAUCACAAGCUUUCCCAUCAUUGUUUGAAUGCUUUAAUUUUCUGCAGUGAUUUUCAGAUUCCAUGGAAUUAAGGGAAGUAAGGUUUUCCUCCACUUUUCAGUUAAUUGAGGCGUGCUUUAUUGGAUACAAUGUAGAAGAUUGGCUUGGCCAAUGCAGAGUCUUCCUUCUGUUUGCUUUGAUGACUCAGUACUGAUUUAUUCUUGUAAAUAGACAUGUAUGUCUCACAUUUUGUACUUGUAUUACUAAAGCAAAUAUACACAGUUUACAUCUGCACUAAGGAUGACAGAGCCAGCAGCUGGUACGGUACCAUGUAUGCCAAAAGCAUGAAAAUCCUGAGUUUCACAAUUGAGUGUAAUUGUUUUUAAUGGUUUUCCAACAUUUCAUUAUUUCCUUCAUGUUAGAUCUUUUUUGGUCUCGAAUGUCUGUGUAAUCAUUGCUGCAAAACAUGAUAGGCUUCUCAGUAAUCAUGAGUCUAUCAUAAUCCCUUGUUUGUGCUGAAUGACAGACACCUUACUGUUAAGGUAGAAUGGAUUUCACUGGUGGAUAUUGCCAUUUUUUCCCCUCUGUCCUCCACCACGCUUGUUUCCUCAGCUGAUCUGUUUUAGGCCAGUUAAUAAGUACAUAACAUCUGUUUUUCAUUUCUUUUUUUUCUUUUUCUUUUCUUUUUUUUUUAAUAGUUGCUUAAUUUUUUUAUAGUUGCUCUACUUAAUGUGUCUACUGUGGUUCUGAUAGAGCUGGUUUGUGUAAGAUCAAGCUUUUUAGAAAAUAAUAUUGGCUUCUUAGCAAGUAUAAGGCUUGAUUUGCUUUUAUAUGAAGCCUUCGGAAAGGACACGUGAUUUGUGCGUAAAAGCGCAUCAAUCCAUACACGGCGCAUAGGACACCGGGGCAUUGGCAGCGCUGAUUUAGGCAAACAGACGAAUCAAUCUAAAGAAAGACGUUUACGUGUGCAUUACGCAGAAGGUGUCUUGUAUCAGGUUGAGGUGGCAAAGUCACACGAUUCCUUGACUCGCCUUGACAUUCUUUAAGGGAAGGGGCGUGCAGGAGUGUGGUGCUGAAGGACAGCUCCUCUUUUCCACACCGUCGGAGACUUUAUAUUUAAAUAAACUUCUCUGACUUGCUAACAACUCCAGUCUGCAUCUUCACUCCAAAGUGGUCAAGUCAGCGUUCCUUUGUUUUCCUACAUGCAUCCUGAGUCCCAGAGUUCUCUGAAGUCACGAAUGAGUCGCCACCACUCAGAGUCGCAGCGCUAAUUGUUUCUUUCAUGGUGUAAAAUGUCGUUCUUGAGCUCAAACCUCAGCAACGCGAGCCUGACGCCGCAAGCACUGGACGAUCAGCCGCGAGAUGAGAGAUUAGCUCUGCUCGAGAUCGCGCUGCUCAGUGUGAUCUUCCUGUGCGCCUCGGCUCUGAAUCUCGGUCUCUUGCUCGUGUUACUGAGGAGACGCGGAUCCAUGUCUCGCAUGCGCGUGUUCGUUUUGCACCUAUGCCUGGCGGAUCUCACUGUGGCCUUCUUCCAGGUGUGUCCGCAGCUCCUGUGGGACAUCACGGACCGGUUCGUAGGUCCAGACUUGGUGUGCCGUUUGGUCAAGUAUCUCCAAGUGGUCGGCAUGUUCGCCUCUACUUACAUGAUAGUGGUGAUGACAGUAGAUCGCUACCAAGCCGUGUGCAACCCCAUGGGCACGCUGCAGAGGAGGAGAGCGCGCUGGAACUUGCCGGUGUGCAUCGCUUGGACAGUGGCGCUCGUGGGCGCCCUGCCGCAGAUUUUCAUUUUCUCCCGCGUCCAGGUGGCUCCGGGAGUCUUCGACUGCUGGGCACAGUUCGUGCAUCCGUGGGGACUUAAAGCCUACGUGACCUGGACAACUUUGGUCAUAUUUGCACUGCCUAUCUUGGCGGUGAUCGUGUGCCAGGUAUGCAUUUGCCGCGCCGUGCAGGUCAGCCUGCACACCGAGACGCACCGAGAGGGCUGCGCCAAUGCCACCAGCGUGGUUGGGCUCUCCAAGGCGCGCAUAAAGACCGUCAAGAUGACCGUUGUGAUCGUCCUCGUUUACGUGGUUUGCUGGGCGCCUUUCUUCACCGUGCAGCUGUGGUCAGUGUGGGACGAGGACGCUCCGACUGAAUCUGCAACUUUCACCGUCCUUAUGCUCCUUGCAAGUCUGAACAGCUGUGCCAACCCUUGCAUCUACUUUGUCUUCAGUGGCCCAGUGACCAAGCGACUGUUGGCAUUGAUGUGUAUGAGCCACAGCGAAAGUAAGGGGCCUGUGCCUGAGGAUGCCACGAUGGUCAGUUCUGUCUACCUGAGCUUAAAGAGUCUCUCUUAGGUAAAAGCCCUGCUCUCACACCUAUGGAGCUGCUGAAGAGUCAUCAUGAUAAUCGAUCAUGUCUGAACAGCUACACCAGAUAAAAUUUUGUCACAUUUUGACAAAAUCUAAUUAGUGAC